GCACGCCUAUAAGUACAGAUAUACAAGAAUCCUACAUUUCCUCUUCCUUUGUCACGACCGAAAAUUAGUCAAGCCUACGUCUAAAUUUCAACGAACUUCGGACCUAACGGCACAUUUGGUGUAUUGUAAAAAUUAUUACCGUUAUUUUCAUCAAGAAAUUUAUAACUAUUCGAAGCUUUGUUCGAAGAAAGUAUAUGACUUUCGAGGACACUUUCAAGCAGUUCUCGUCUUUCUCAUGAGGUGUUCAGUAGUCCAAAACUCAGUGUAUUAAGUGUCUCGUUCUUUCUUGGUGUCCGAGUUUCUCGUGUAUUUUCGUUUCUUUCAGUGAAUCAACAUGCCGAAAAAUAAGGAAUACGCACAAGUCACAAAAAUGCUGGGCAAUGGGAGGUUAGAAGCAAUGUGCUUCGACGGUGUAAAACGAUUGUGUCACAUUCGUGGAAAAUUGCGGAAAAAAGUGUGGAUAAAUCAAGGAGAUAUUAUAUUAAUUGGUCUGCGAGACUAUCAGGAUGCAAAAGCAGACGUCAUAUUAAAGUAUACUUCAGAUGAAGCUCGUAACUUGAAAACGUACGGUGAAUUUCCUGAAACUGUGCGUAUCAACGAUACAGUCACCUUUGUGGAAGAUGGUUUCGAUGAAGAUAUUGAAUUUGGUGAUGAAAUUAGUGAUGACGAUGAGGAUGAUGUUGACAAUGUGAGUGUUCAAUAUUUUCAAUAAAAUCUAUAAAAUAUGUUGCUAUUAUAAAAUGAAAACCUAUACAGUUAUAGCUAGUUUCUGUCACAUUAUAUAAUUUAACUUGAAAGUAACACAAUAUUUUUGGCUUUACAGAUCUGAUGACCUUCAAUAUAAAUAUACUUAAAAGGUAUGGUACAAGAGUGCAUGAAGAUACCUAUUUGUUUUACAAAGUGCUAUAAUUUCUUGCGCAAUUACAAUACUACAAAUUUUUUGGAACAAGUAGUCAAUUUCCUGUAUCUAUAAAUAAAUUUUCACUUGUCUCCAUGUAACAUUGUGUUGCAAUCUAAAAUUGUUUGUUAAACGUCCUGGAUUUUCAGGAUUUACAAAUAUUAAUGGACAUUUGAUAUUCUCUGUGCAGCCUAUCUUUUACUUUCGUACAACUUGAAUUAGAAAAAUAAUGUCCCAUUGCGAAUGGAUAUAAAAAGAAAAUAUUGUUCUUCUUUAAAUUACUUUAGAAUCUCUAUUCAAAGUAAUUUAACGUUAGAGUAAGCUUUUAAUUGCUGUUUGGCUAAUAGUUUGGUUAUUACGAAUACAAAUAGUUAUGUAUUAUUUAUGUAUGAUAUCAGUACAUUGUUCUUAUAGGAAAUUUCUUUUGUAUAUUCUUUCUUUAAAAACCAAAUUAAGUAGCAUAUGUGCACUGUCAGUGGAAUUUCGAACAGGGGAAAUAGUAAGCAGCAUAUGUCACUGUAAUUACUUCUGUGUGAAAGCGUUUCAUUGACUCAUUUGUUAUAUGUAUAGACACGUACAACUUUCCAGAAACUUGUUUAUGCGAUUGUAUUCAAGAACAGUUUAAUGUAAUAUUCUACUACUUCUAAUGAGAGUUAUUAAUUGUGAAUAUAACAAAAGCAAUAUAUAACUAUCAAUAUUAACACAAAUUUUAUUUAAGAGCGUUUGUUAGACAAACGAAAUCAUCAGUAACAUCCGAGAACGACAUAUUUAAUUCAAAAAGAUAA